AUGGCCGAGGCCGCGCUGGCCGACCGCUUUGACGUGGGUCGGCGAUGCCAGAGGAAAGGGGGGCACUCAUCGGUUCCCAAGGAUCGCUCACUGAAAAAGAAAACGUUGACUCCUGCCAAACCAAAAUCCGAGGGGACAGGGGGUAGUCCCAAAUCGAACCCCCCCAGGGUGAGGUGUUUCAACUGCCAGGCAUUGGGUCAUUUUUCCCGUAAUUGUCCCCAAAAACGCGUGCAAGAGGGAGACCGAGGUGGUAACCCCGUGGUGGGUACGGUCGGGACCGACCUGCAACGGCUCCAAGAAACUAUAACGCAGCUAGACGCAACCGCGCCCUCUUUUGAGCAGAUUGAGGGACGAGCUGGGAUGAGAAGGGUUGAUAUUUGUUGUGGUACGAAGACCAUAAAUGUUGUCAUCGAUUCUGGCGCCGAAAUUAGCGUAGUCCGAGAAGGGGUCGUGCCAGAGACAGAUGGGUCAUCGGGGAAGGUGGUGCUCACGGGUGCGUUCGGAAACAGCGUAAGCGCUGUUUUGAAGCUCGAUCCAGUGGCUCUCCCUGCGCACUACGUGGAGUACGCCCCUCGCGAAGUGCCGCUUCUAUGCGCUGUCACCGACCGGCUGGUUGCCGGAGUCGACAUGCUUCUGACGCCCGACGACUACGAGAGCCUAAGAGCAAACCGCGGGACGACCGAGGCCGGACACGGGUACCAACGGACCGGAGACGCGCUGCAUAACGAAGACGACGAGACUUCUCUUUCGAGCGAUGUCGCUGCGGCCGUCGGCGCGAUAGUCGGUGUUGAAAAUGUCGAUGGACUGGCUCUCGGACCGCUGUUGCCGCCGUUGUCGUCGCCGCGCUUUCGAAGUAGUCAAAUAAGCGACGAGACGUUAAAGAGUUCCUGGGAGCAGGCCGGAAGUUCCACCCACGGAAUGUUCGUGAAAGACGGGCUUCUGUUCCACAGGGAGGAGGUAAACGGGAAGCUGGUGAAGCAGCUAGUUCUGUCGCUGGAAAAGAGGCCAAAGGUCCUUGAGAUGGGGCAUGGCUCCAUGCGGGCAGGGCAUUUAAGAGAACGGAAAACGAAGGCCCGCGUGAUGAUGUCCUUCUACUGGCCAGGCAUGGCGGGCGAUAUCAAACGGUACUGUCAGUCAUGCGAGGCCUGUCAGCUUAGAUCGCCCAUUACAGCCGCUGACAGAGUUCCCAUCGCUCCCCUCGCGCGUCCCGAGGUGCCGUUCCAGACGGUGUUCAUGGACUGCAUCGGUCCGCUAGAGCCGCAGUCCGCUCGCGGACACCGAUAUGCGCUGUGCAUCGUUGAUGCUUGUACACGAUGGCCAGAGGUGGUCUGCCUCAAGUCUCUCACCGCCAAGUCCGCUUGCGACGCCCGGGUAGAGGUAUUCUCGCGCAUGGGCGUGCCCGAAACCAUAUGCUCAGACCAAGGCAGCAAUUUCACCGCGCAAGUGACGACACUGCUCCUAGAGAAGAUGGGCGCGACGCCGCGCUUUUCGGCCCCUGACCAUACGCAAAGCAACGGGUUAGUCGAAAGGUGGAACGGCACCUUUAAAAAAAUGCUUCACCACGUCAUUCACGAGCGCGGGCGGGAAUGGGACAAACACGUCCCUUUUCUCCUAUGGGCCUAUCGAGAGGUGCCGAACGAGACAACGGGAGUGACGCCGUUUGAGCUAAUGUAUGGCAGGGAACCUGUUGGGCCGCUGGCGAUUCUUUCCAAAACCUGGACAGGGGAGUGGACGGCCCCCUGCGGGCUGACGUCGUCGGCAGAAGACUAUCUCGUCGCACUGAGGCAGCGGUUCGCCGCCGCGGCGGACGCUGCCCGUGAGCACUCCAGCGCGGCCAAAUCCUCGUACGCCGGCUACUGCAAUCGGAACGCGAGGCCGAAGGCCUUCCAAGGCGGCGACGUCGUGCUCGUUCUCGGACCCGACUCCACCAAUGCUCUCCUGGGGAGGGGGAGGGGCCCGGCGGUCGUUGUUGAGCAGAGGAGGCCAUGCAGCUACCUGGUCCAGUUCGGGGACGGCUCGCAGAGGGUUUUACACGCCAGCAAAUUGCGACCGUAUCACGAACGAGUGUGCACUGUGGGCGUGAUUUUUGAGGGAGACGAAGAGUUCGGAGACAUUCCUGACGUCCCGUUGGAACCGCGUCCAGCGUCUCAACCUUCAGAUCUGGCCGGGGCCUGCGAGCACCUGGGGGGCAGCCAACGUCGACAGUUGGAACACUUGCUCCGGCUUUCCCGGGCGUGUUCAGUUCCGAGAUAG